UCUGGGUUUGAGUGUACCAACGGUGUCCGAGUAAAAGCUUAAGAUCAAAGCAAAGAUUUUGGUUGGAUCAAGUCCACCAAAAUCUUCUUCUUCGUUUACUUUUUUUGUAAGAAUCUGCAGAGAGGCCAAAUGGCCAACAAUACAUCAAAUAGGUGGGCUACACGGCUGAUAGUGAUUCUGAUUUUAGUCUCAAACUCCAUUUCAGCUCAUCAAAACCGAAACCAGACAGCAAGUAAAGCAAGCAACGACACGAAGAACGAGGUUGAAGCUAAUUUUAUUCUUGAUGAAGUAUUGAACUUCAUGAUGAGACCCUCCUCGUCACCACCACCACGAUUGGGAUACCACCACACAUGGCCUAAAAUGAAAUUUGGAUGGAGAAUUGUGUUGGGAACCAUAAUAGGGUUCCUUGGAGCAGCGUUUGGGACUGUGGGUGGAGUUGGUGGCGGAGGCAUAUUCGUGCCGAUGCUUAAAUUGAUUAUUGGAUUUGAUGCAAAAUCGGCUACAGCCAUGUCUAAAUGCAUGAUAACGGGAGGAGCAGGAGCAACAGUGUUUUACAAUCUAAAGCAAAGACACCCAACAAAGGAGCUGCCUAUGAUAGACUAUGAUUUGGCUCUUCUUUUUCAGCCAAUGUUGGUGCUUGGAAUCAGCCUUGGAGUUAGUCUGAAUGUCAUUUUUGCUGAUUGGAUGGUUACUGUUUUGUUAAUUGUCAUUUUCCUUGUCAUUUCAACAAAGGCUUUCCUUAAGGGUGUUGAGACCUGGAAAAAAGAAACCAUUCUUAAGAAGGAGACUGCGCUACUAUUGAAUGAUGGUAUUGUGAGGAAUGGAGAGAGAAGAAGAGGAUCCGAAGCUCCACCAUCAUCAGGUCCAAGUCCAAGUCCAAGCAAUGAAAAUCAGGGAGCAACCACAGCAUCAAAGAAAGAAAAGGUUUCUAUUAUCGAGAACGUUCGAUGGAAGGAACUAGGGCUUCUUUUCGCUGUUUGGGUCACCAUACUUGCCAUACAAAUUGGAAAAAAUUACACUGUAACGUGUUCAGCGGCAUAUUGGGCAUUGAAUCUGCUACAGAUACCAGUGGCAGUGGGAGUGACAUCAUACCAAGCAGUGUUACUGUACAAAGGGAAGAGAGUGAUAAAAUCAAAGGAAGGUCUCCAACCAGAAUGGAAAGUGCAUCAGCUAAUCCUCUAUUGUUCCUGUGGCAUGGUUGCUGGUAUUGUUGGUGGCUUGCUUGGCCUUGGUGGUGGCUUCAUUCUUGGCCCUCUUUUCCUUGACCUUGGAAUCCCUCCUCAGGUGUCAAGUGCCACAUCCACUUUUGCCAUGACAUUUUCUGCAUCAAUGUCAGUGGUGGAAUAUUACCUCCUAAAACGUUUUCCUAUUCCUUACACCCUUUAUUUUGUGGGUGUAGCCAUUAUAGCUGCAGUUUUAGGACAAUAUUUGGUGAAAAAGCUGAUAGCAAUAUUAGGGAGAGCUUCGUUGAUCAUUUUCAUUUUGGCCUUGACGGUUUUUGUCAGUGCAAUAUCACUAGGUGGUGUGGGCAUAGCGGAAACGAUUAAGGAGGUUGGGAAGCAUAAGUACAUGGGUUUUGAAAAACUCUGUGCCUCUAUAAGUUAAAAUAUUAGACAGCUUUUCGUUGCAGCUACUGGUGUUUCUAGCUAUGUGGUGAUAUAAUUUUUUACAACAUGUAAUUUCAAUUUUAGAUUUAUUCUGCUCCUUGUGAAGAGAAGCUAAGCCUGUGUUAGAAGAAAUCAUAAUAGGCACAUUGUAUUGAUGCUUCUCUCGUAACAACACUAUACAUAUGUUUGUAGGCAAAUUAAAUUUAAGUGUAAAAAUAAAAAUAAUUUAAUGAAUAAUAUUUUGUUUGAUUUA